AUGUCCGCAACCGACUCACCGACUUCCCCACCCGCUCCCACGCCCUCCAACCUCCCUCCUCAAGCCGCAGCAGCCGCCCACUCGGCCGUCUCGACCGCCUCAAAGGACGACGGAGACCUCACCGUCCUCUCGUCCCCGACCGACUUUACAGUCAAGCACCCGCUCUACUCACCCUGGACACUCUGGUUCGACUCGGCGAGCAAGCAGGACAAGUCCAAGAGCUGGGAGGAGGCUCUCACAAAGGUCAUCUCGUUCCACAGCGUAGAGGAGUUCUGGGGCCUGUACAACAACAUCGUCCCGCCCUCGAUGCUCGGUGCCAACAGCAACUACUACCUCUUCAAGCAGGGCAUCAAGCCCGCGUGGGAGGACGAGGCCAAUGCGCACGGAGGCAAGUGGAGCGUCCAGCUCCCGCGCGGCAAGUACACGGACCAGAUCGACGCCUUCUGGCUGUAUACGAUGCUCGCUGCGAUCGGCGAGACCUUCGAAACGCCCUUCGUCCCUCCCUCCGCCCCCUCCUCCUCCGACGCUCCCUCCUCCGACUCCCCCGCCCAACCCUCCACUACCGCCUCUCAACCCGCCCCCUCGCUCCCACCCUCCUCCCAAACCGAAAUAACCGGCGUCAUCGUCAGUACCCGCAAGGCCUUCUACCGAAUCAACAUCUGGACUCGCUCUUCCUCCCCUUCGUCGCGCGAAAAGAUCGAAAACGUCGGACGCCAGUUCAAGUAUAAUGUGCUUGGGUUCGAGUACGGAGGCAAGGUUGGGUUUGGAGAGAAGGACAAGGUCUCGAGUGAUGUCGAGUUUGUGAGCCACACGGAUAGUCAGAAUAAGGGCAACAAGAACAGGUGGACCGUCUAG